AUGGACAAUCAAAAUACAUCUAGGGAUACUUCGUCUACCGAAGAAAUAGUUUAUAAACCUAUGCAAUGGCGAAAUUUGGCUUAUACUCCGGCUACUUCAGCUCCUUCUUUGACAGCAAAUACUGGAACAACUCGACGCUGCCCCCAAAGACAGGCUGAACUGCAUCGAGGUUCGCAUCUCACUACCUUCAAGCAAGGUCGUCUCAUUGAAGAAUCAUUCUGCGAAAAAUAUAGACCUCUUAAAGUUAUUGGUAAAGGCGGUUUUGGACUUGUAUAUUCCAUUGAGGAGAAAGCUACAGACAAGUUAUUUGCCGUCAAGAUGGAAUUGAACCAUACAGAAAAUGCAUCUCUUCAACGAGAGUGGAAUUUGCACAAGAAGUUGAAUCACCCAUCGAUACUUCGUGUUCAUGAUUUCUACGCAUGUAUAGGUGACGGUCCCGGAAUGGUGAUGGAUUUGGGGGAGAAGACUAUGUCCGAUAUGGUUCACGAGCAAGGAUACACCGAAGAGACUCGAAUGAAGAUGUACUUCAUGGACAUUUUAUUGGGGUUUGAAUACUUGAAAUCUAAAAAUAUCUUGCAUCGCGAUAUAAAGCCAGGAAAUAUGAUCCUUGGGUGCGGCUCGGGUGGUCGUGUGAUGAUAGCAGACUUCGGCUUGGCAGACCAUUUGGUAGGUGGCGAAAGAAACAGGAAAACCUCAAGAAAAGGAACAAUGACUUAUAUGGCACCGGAAUGCUUCAGGAAGAGUCUUCAUAUUACUGGUUUAGGAUUCGAGGUAGACAUUUGGGCGGCAGGGGUCUCCCUUUUUCAAUGCCUACUGGGCUAUCAUCCUUUUGAUUCCGCUGAGCCAGCGGAUGAUGAGAAACAGCGGAGGAGAAACACGAUAUUGAUGAUCAUAAACCCCAAAGCGUCUCUCGAUUUCGAGAGCGGUCCGCUGCGUCAACCUAUCAGUCAAGAAGUAGCAGAUCUUUUGGUGGGAAUGUUGGAAAUAAACUUUGAAAAAAGAUUGACAGUUGAGGACUGUCUUGAACACGAGUGGAUGUCCGGAUAA